GCCAAAGGGCCUUUCACUUGGGAGCUUCUCCAUUCUGUCAGCUCUCCGGGAACAUCCAAGGCAAGACUGGCACCUAACACAGCAGUGAGUGACCACAUAUCCCAGUCCCCAGGAACCAUGGAGUCCUUCAGCUCAAAGAGUCUGGCACUGCAAGCAGAGAAGAAGCUACUGAGUAAGAUGGCGGGUCGGUCUGUGGCUCAUCUCUUCAUUGAUGAGACAAGCAGUGAGGUGCUAGAUGAGCUCUACCGUGUGUCCAAGGAGUACACGCACAGCAGGCCCCAGGCCCAGCGGGUUAUCAAGGACCUGAUCAAGGUGGCUGUCAAGGUGGCUGUGCUGCACCGCAGUGGCUGCUUCAGCCCCAGUGAGCUGGCCCUGGCUACCCACUUUCGAGAGAAGCUGCGGCAGGGAGCCAUGACCGCACUUAGCUUUGGCGAGGUGGACUUCACCUUCGAGGCUGCUGUUCUGGCGGGUAAGCUGACCGAGUGCCGGGAUGUGCUGCUGAAGUUAGUGGAGCACCACCUCACACCCAAGUCACAUGUUCGCAUCUGCCACGUGUUCGAUCACUUUUCUGACCCGGACCUGCUCACAGCCCUCUAUGGGCCUGACUUCACUCAGCACCUUGGCAAGAUUUGUGAUGGGCUCAGGAAGCUGCUGGAUGAGGGGAAGCUCUGAGAGCCCCAAAUCUAGCACAUUUCACCUUGGCAAAAUGGCUGACUGAGAAAACAACAGAUAAUGGGCUUCCUAACCCUGCUCAUCUGCACUAACGCUUUUCAAUCCUCAGGCUUCAUUCUUUCCCAGGAGCACUUUGACUCUGAGACCACCUCACCCCCAACCGCUGGUGGAGAAGGAGCAAUGCUGAGGGGUGAGGCCCCUCUCCCACUCUAGCCCCAGGACAGGAAACAGAGCUGCGUGAAAAAGGCGAAGUGAAACUUGGAUCUCUAUUUCUCCCAUAAGGGACUUCUGAAACAGGGAGAGGCCCUCCUCUAUGAACCCAGGGAAGGAGGCACAGCCUAUAUAACCCCUCUGGGGACACUAAAGACGGAAGGGGGUAAGGUGGCCCUUAGAGACAGAGCUUGGACAGACACCAGAGGCUCUGUUCCACAGUGCAGGAAGAAGGGGUGAGGGCAGGGGAGAUUCUCUUAGGGGAAAUAAAACUACUAAAA